GUUCGCACGAUUAUCACUGUUUCGCUAGUUUCACAUUCGUGAAACGCGUGAAACAGAAGCUAACCGUGCAACCGUCUCAGCCUUUGUGAGUGUUGAAACUUCGAUGUUCACCAGGUACAUACAGCAACAUGAAAUGUGCUCGGAAAAUUCAAAAAACUGGAACAACAACUGAGUCCUGGGUUGACAAACUUCAGGCACUCCUUCAGCAGCCUGAAGACUUGGCACUUGAAAGCCUACUAGGUCAUGAAUUCCACUUCGGUGAUUUCCUUGAGUCGAGCGGACACGAUCACGAUGCCACUCGGGUGGCUGUUCGUCUCCUGGCGAACGUCUGUACAUCACCUACGGUUGCUCCACAAGCACUGGAACUUGCAAGCGCAGUAGCAUUCUCUGAUAGUUUCAUGAUCAUGGGAUUAACCGCUCUGCUGGCACACCACACAUGCAACAUACGAGAGACCCCCAGUUCAGAUGUGGUGGAUGUCCUCCGUAAUCUGGUGCAGCUUUUGCAACAUUUGCACUCCUGUCUUCCAGCAACAACGUCGGAUAGACUGGUCAUUCUAGUGCCGUCAAUUAUGAAGUUAUGGACUACACUUCAGGAAGUGUCAGAUCCUCCAGAGGAUGUCGGAGUUGGACUUUCAAAACUAGAAGAAGCAAAGAACAUGUUUCUUGCGGAAUCUCACGCACGAACGAUGGUGGCACAAGAGCGAGCGCACGUCUCACAGCCUCAAGGCGAUUUCAGAGACACCCCGAUUGUACCGACGGCAUCUGAGCUGCUGUCCGCCGGGAAACCGUUCUUGAGACCCAACUUGGUGCGUGGUGCUUACAGAGACUUGGACCACUACCUGGACGUCCAGUACAGGCUCCUUAGAGAGGAUUUCGUAAGACCAUUGCGUGAGGGCCUGCAAAAGUUCCUUGAGACGGGAAUGCGGUGCACUCGCAUCGAAAACAUGAACGUGUACAAGGAUGCACACGUGGGUGAGGCGCGAGUUACAGCUGCAGCGAUCAUCCAUCCUGUCUACUUUGAUCCUGCUCGCUUUCGAAAGGUAGCUUGGGAGAGAACAAAACGCUUCAUGAACGGUACUCUGCUCAUUCUGUCCAAUGACGGCUUCGAGACUGUUCAUUUUGCAACCGUCGUUCACAGGAAUCCAGAGUGUUUGAAAAAGGGAACACUCACUGUAGUGUUUGAUGAACUUUUUGUGGAGACCGUUGCUUGCGAAGCUUACACCAUGUUAGAGACGCAAGCCUACUUUGAAGCCUACAAGCAUAACCUGGAAGCGCUGAAGACCAUAUCUUCUCUGCCUUUCUACGAUUACAUCGUGAAGGCUUCUUCCACCACAAAUGCCCCGGCGUAUUUAAAGGAUGAAACAAAGUUUGACCUAAGUCCCCUCUGCACAUGUAGUCACCCUGAAAACGUCAUUAAUGUUCUGAAUGAAGACAAAUGGCUGACACUCAAAGAUUUAGAGCUUGAUCCAUCGCAGCUUGAUGCAGUGAAAUCCUCGUUGCUGAAAGAAUUUUCCGUGAUUCAAGGUCCACCAGGAACAGGCAAGACCUACGUAGGGCUCAAGAUUGUGGAAGUUCUCCUACGCAACAUUUCAGUCUGGAGGGGGAAAGGGCUUCCCAUUCUUGUUGUGUGUUACACGAACCAUGCUCUCGAUCAGUUUCUUGAACACGUCCUUAAAACUACAAAAAGUAUAGCUCGGGUUGGGGGCCGCUGCAGCAGCGAACCUCUGGAAAGAUACACCCUAACCAACAGACGCAGGUUAUUUGGAGGUCGGGUCCUUAGAGAAACCUGCCGGAGAACACAGACUUGUCUUAACUUCCUGUCACAACGGAUGUCAGACAUAUAUGCAGUCCGCUGCACGAUUCAAGAUCUGGAAGCGUACAUGUCCGCAGACGUCCUGAGAAGCUUUGAGCAGUGGUGUUAUCCAGCUUCCUACAACUUUAGCGACUGGCUGGAACUCGCAGCGUUGCGAGAAGAGUUCUUCAAAGGCUUUGCAGACCGAAUUAUUGAACCAAAGGAGGUAGUCGAGGAGGAUAAUUUUGACAUGCAAGACAUUUCCAAGCAUUGCCGGGAGGAUGAUGACCGUUUGUAUUCUGCAGACAUCAGUGGUGCACUGGCCGGGAUAGAAGAUGAACAUCCAGAUGCCCUAGAACAAGCAUGGUGCCAGUAUGGCUACAAGUUAGUCUCAAACCCCGACGCUGUCAAGGAUGACUACUAUGUCAUGAAUGUCUGGUGCUUGUCUUUCCGAGAACGCUGGCGGCUCUACAGGUACUGGGCAUCAAAGGCUAUUGAAGACAUUCAAAUGAAGAUCACUAUGGACAAAGCAGUUCUGAAAAAGGAGAAAAAAACUGCAUCUCAGGACUCUGUUACGGAUGACCUUGAUUGCUUGGAGGGUGUGUUUCUAGUGGGCAUGACUACAACAGGUGCUGCCAAGCAUCGAGAGUUAGUUAGGCAGCUUCAGCCAACUGUUGUGAUCGUUGAAGAAGCCGCAGAAGUACUGGAAGCUCACAUAGCCACCAGCUUGGCACCUGCAACAAAGCACCUGAUCCUCAUUGGCGACCAUAAGCAGUUGAGGCCAUCAAAUUCAGUCUAUGAGCUCUCUGUUAGGUACAAGAUGGAAGUGUCUCUUUUUGAAAGAAUGAUUGAUAAUGGAACAAUAUGCCAUCAGCUACAGGUUCAACACAGAAUGAGACCGAACUUUGUGAAGUUACUCGUUCCAAACUUUUACGAUAACCUCGACAGCUCGGCGCAUGUGAAGUCCUUCGAAGACAUUCGUGGUAUUGAUGGAAACAUGUUUUUUAUCAACCACACCAUCAACGAAGACAGACUAGACACAAAGAGCCACUCCAACCGCCACGAAGCGGAACUGGUCUUAGGAUUAGCGGACUACCUGCUCAAUCAGGGUUAUGACCCAACAGAAAUCACCAUUCUGACCACUUACAAAGGGCAGAUGUUCCUCAUGCGCGACCUCGCAGCAACCAAGAAGUGCAAGACUGUUUACAUUACAUGCGUGGACAAUUUUCAGGGGGAAGAGAACGACAUCAUCCUUUUGUCUUUCGUCCGAUCGAACCCGGAGAAGAAAGUUGGCUUCAUUAAGAUUCCCAAUCGCAUUUGCGUUUCACUGUCGAGAGCACGAAAGGGUGUGUACUGCACGGGGAACUUCGACAUCAUUGGGGAGUCGAGCCAAGUUUGGAAAAACAUCGUGAAAGAACUGAAAUGCCAAAAUGCCAUCGGUAAUGAGCUGAAGCUACGGUGCCCAAACCAUCCCGAUACUGCCACACUCGUUCGAAGUGCGAAAGACUUUUUAAAUGUCCCCGAGGGUGGUUGCGACAGACCCUGCAAAACACGGCUUGAGUGUGGCCAUUCUUGUGGGCUGCCUUGCCAUGGCUAUAACACAGAGCAUGCAGGAGUUGUCUGUAAAAAGAAAUGCGAGAGAAAAUGUAGAAAUGGUCAUACUUGCAAACGUGCCUGUUUUGAAAUAUGCGGGCUGUGUGAUGUGCUCGUGAGCACCCAGAUUGAGAAAUGUGGUCACACUUGCGAGAUCCCUUGCCACGAAUUAACUAGGUACCCAAGGUGCUCUCUUCCAUGUGAUCGGCUGCUACCAUGUGGCCAUCGUUGCAAUAGUAUGUGUAGAGACUAUUAUUGCACUGAAUGGUGUGUUGUGCCUGUCAGAAAGACCUGUGAAUAUGGGCAUGACCAAGAAGUGCCUUGUGCGAUGACAGCAUACUACUGGUGUGAGGCAAACUGCACGAAAGUGCUAGCUUGCGGUCAUCACUGCCAUAAUGAGUGUGGUGAACCAUGCAGUGAUUGGUGCAUAGAAUUAAAGGAAAUGGAACGUGAGUGUGGACAUAAAUUGUCUCUGGCAUGCUACCAGACACGACUUGCUUACUAUUUGGAGGCACCUUGUAAACUACCGUGCACCAAAAAGCUUCCCUGUGGACACACGUGUUCUCUCCUGUGCCAUGAAAGUUGUGGCGCCGAACGUUGUGAAAUCCAAGUAACAGCAACGUUACCAUGUGGCCACCAAAAAGUGGUUUCUUGUCACGUGCACACGAAGAUCACUUCUCUCAAGGAUAAGCCAGACGAGAUGAUGGCGUAUGUUCAAGAAAUGGGAGAGAGGCUUACUUGCAGAAAGAGUGUUCCAACAAGCUGCACAUCUGGACACAGGCUUAUGGCUCAAUGUCACGCGCUGCGUGAUGGCAAGGCGCCGCGAAAUCACUGCUACAAACGUUGCAAUGCAAAACUCUCGUGUGGCCACAAUUGUGCUGCAAGCUGCCGGACAUGCUUUGACCUGGGCAACAAUGGGCACGUCCCAUGUAUAGAGAUUUGCAAAAAGCGCCUGGACUGUGGACACCAAUGCAUGAAGAAGUGCUGUGAGCCUCACAGCUGCGAUGUUCCGUGCAGUCAGAGACUUCCGUGUGGACACACGUGCAAAGGAAUCUGCUCACAGCCGUGUACAAUCUGUGAAAGACCGUGCAAGACUGUUUGUGGCCAUGGAAGGUGCAGGAAGCCCUGCGGACAUCCGUGCCCUCCGUGUCCUAUGCCUUGUCUCUGGAAUUGUGGCCAUGCUAAGUGCAGUGCCUUGUGCUCUGAGCCUUGCACUAGAACUUCGGAGGACAUACCUUGUCCAAAGAAACUUCCGUGCGGGCACCGUUGCCUAGGCUUCUGCGGUGAACCCUGUCCUAGUCUGUGCAGAGUGUGCAACAGGGCCCAAUACUGGCAUCUCACCAAGGAAAGGGAAGCCCGGUUUGUCGUGCUCAUGGACUGUGGCCAUUCUGUGCCAGAGAGAAUGCUUGCUGAGGCCUUUACCCAGACGAAGAAAAAGCACAGUGCUAGGUGCCCACUAUGCGGAUGCCGAAUUACGUUCAAUUUCAGGUAUCAAGCAGCUGUCCGAGAGUACAUGGAAGACCUUCAGAAACGCAAGAAACAGGUUUAUGACUCUGCAAGGGAAUUUCACAAAACCUUGGACUCCACGUUACCAGAAGACGCAUUUCCAAGCAGGGACGCGAGCAGCACUGCACAUGACGACGAUGCUCAAGCAACCACCCAGCAGCACGACCGUACUCAAGCCACGGUGGCACAAAGUUCCGUAUGGAACAGUGAUAGUGAACAAAAGUACUAUUCGGGGGAAGCAUUUUACACUUCUCGCCCAGGUUCUAAAAUUAGGAGUAGUCAUCGGAAUGCUGGAAUGAGUUUCGAGCACAGAACUCAUUCAGCCAGGCACCACUUUGAAAGAAGGCCUAGGAACCUGCAAGAGAGAUUUUUAGGAAGGGACUUCAGGUGGCACCCUUACGAGAGGUGGCCACCUCGCUACUAGUGUUCCUUCUGGGGGACUACCAUUCUUUUCUUUGAAGGCUGCUACUAGGUAAAGGUACUUUCCAGAACACAAUUUUAUAAAGAAAGAGUGAGAACUACACCACUCAGUCCAAUUAUCACCUGCAAGAAAGCCCUCGAUCGCAUGCACAGUAAGAGCGAUUACGUGCAAGGUUAUAGAAUACUUGCACACUUAAGAAUGCAUGGGGGGCGUUCAAGUCAAACCGGGACUUUUCAUUUUUCGCAAAAGUAAAAUGAACUUACAGGCGAGAAAUUAGUUUUAUUUUUCGACGUAAUCUCCGGCUGCAGUAAUGCACUUGUCCCAGCGUUUCACGAGGGCUUGGAUGCCAGCAGCGUAGCAAUCCUUACCGGCGCGUAGCAGCCAUGAUCGGACUGCAUUCUCGACCUCGUCGUCGCAGCUGAACUGGCGGCCCCGAAGGAACGCCUUCAGUGGCCCGAAGAGAUGGAAAUCGCUGGGGGCGAGGUCUGGACUGUAAGGGGGAUGUGGCAGCAACUGCCAGCCAAGUUCCUGUAAGAUGCGUGUCGUGAGAUGCGCGUUAUGCGUGCGUGCAUUGUCCUGUAGGAGGAGGACUCCUUUGGUGAUGAGGCCCGGCCGUUUCUGCUUCAGCGCCUUAUGCACAUCCCUGAAAACCUGCCAGUAAUAUGCACUAUUCAUGGUGGUACUACUGGGCAGAAAAUCAACGUGAACAACGCCAGCCUUGUCCCAGAAAACCGUGGCCAUGACCUUACCCGCAGACGAGGUGCUUCGGAACUUCUUGGGAACUGGCGAGCCCGGAUGCUUCCACUGUUUCGAUGCGCGUUUAGACUCAGGAGUGAAAUGCUAUGCCACUCGGACUCUUUGCUGCGGCUAAGUGUAUCGUGGCCAUACUGAGCCUGAAGUCUUCUGUGAAUUUCACAUGACUUUACGCCUUCAUUCACGAGAAACUUCAUGACAAUUCGGUGUUCGAUGUGCGCGCUCACCUCGUCGGCGGCCAUCUUGUCCAACACGUGUCUUCUGUUUUGCACAAACUUUGGACCACCACGUCGUGAACGCGGAGGCCUGUCGCGUGUGAAAACGACCAAAAAGAAGUAGCGCGAGCCAUUUGUACACUCAGGAGACAGAAAGUCCCGGUUUGACUUGAACACCCGUCGUAGGUUCAAUGUUAAAUUAUGGCAUGCCCACAUGUGCUGUACCUCGUUAGUGUAGCAAAUGCAGGAUGUAGUAUUUCAACUGGAAGCACAAAUGUGAUACAUAUAGAGUACCUGUGACAAUCUAAAGUCCUCCUCAUUGGCAACAUAAGAAAGACAUUCACUGUGCUCAGCUCACUGAGUCAUGCCAAGAUCCUACAGACAGCCAGGGUGUCUAGUUUGAGGAAAGUCAACAGUUAAGGUGCUCGAAAUACCCGUUCCUGCUAUUUGGAUGGCUCCCUUUUGCCAUCGUGUCAGAAGGUGAACCGUGACAUGCUGUAAGGGCGAUCUUGUACUUCCAUGCACAUAUUGGCCUGGUAACAAUGUUAAUUAACAACGUGAAAAAAAGAAAAAAAGACUGAGUUUGUAGUAUUCACGAGGGCUGUGCGAAUAGUGAUUUUUGGGUUCGAAUCGAAUACGAAUCGAAUAGUAAAAUCUUCGAAUAGUAGCGAAUCGAAUAAUGUCGAAUACCACACAAAAAUGUGUGCUUAUUGUUGAACAGUAAGCAAAAGCUUGCAUUGAAACCUGGGGCUCAGUUGUAGUUUGUGAGACUGACUGCAAACUAUAUACACGUAUUUCAUUGACGAAUACGUUUGUGCUAGAAUUGUCCUGAACAUUGUAAUUCCAGACAGCUGGCUGUGUGAUUAAAUCCCUCUUUCUAUGGUGUCAUAGCUGGUCCAGCCAAAGCUCAAAAUAAUUAAACUAGCUUAAACAUCCCUGCCAACAUUUGCUAAAAUAUUUCUCAAAAGUGGCAAUUUUCAGUGAUCCCUCAAAUCGCGCUUUUAAACCAUGCCUGCAACCCCGCGGCAGAAGUGUAAACUAGGCUUCGCCUGAUGCUCAGAGACAUGAGGCGAAGCCAACUUGCAGGAUAUCGUCAGGUCCGCACGCGCAAAACUGUAAAGUAAGCUUCACCUAACACUCAGAAGCAUGAGGUGAAGCCACCUUGCAGGAUAUAUUUGAGGCGCAGAAUUGUAAAGUAGGCUUCGCCAAACGCUCAGAGGCAUGAGUUGAAGCCAGCUUGCGGAAUUUCGAAUAUAUUCGAGUAUUCGAUGAAAUGUUAUUCGGUUCGAAUACGAAUAGCGCGGUACCGUUAUUCGGUACGAAUAUCGAAUAUUUCGAAUAUUCGCACACCCCUAGUAUUCACGUAACUCUAUCACGCUUAGUGAACUCACUCUGAUUUGCGACACCAUCAAAAGCUAAGCCUCGUAAUGUGAAUUUAUCUCUGUAGGAAGCAUGACAGGACGGCUCAAAGUGGAUGGAAACAGCGAGGCGGAAGAAAAUGAAGGAAAACAACUGGGAGCUGAUUUUGGAAAAAGUUUGCUGUCCUCGUGUGAUAAAAAAGAAAGGGGAACCUCCAGGGGAGCAUUUAUGCAAACAUAUAGCCCAUUUGCUUACUUCAUUACUUUACUAAGUCCAUCAUCCGGCGUUCACACGGGGCAAGACCGGCGGGGCAAGACCGGCGGGGCAAGACCGGCUCACGUGCCGUAGCGGAUAGGACGAUCACCUUCCACGGCGAGAUGCUGGGAGGUCACGUGAUUCGAAUCCCGGCACCGGCUGUGUUGUUUGGGGUUGCUCCUCAGUUUCCCGACAGACUUUCCAAAUGAAGGUAUCAAGCAGCUGUCCGAGAGUACAUGGAAGACCUUCAGAAACGCAAGAAACAGGUUUAUGACUCUGCAAGGGAAUUUCACAAAACCUUGGACUCCACGUUACCAGAAGACGCAUCUCCAAGCAGAGACGCGAGCAGCACUGCACAUGACGACGAUGCUCAAGCAACCACCCAGCAGCAUGACUGUACUCAAGCCACGGUGGCACAAAGUUCCGUAUGGAACAGUGAUAGUGAACAAAAGUACUAUUCGGGGGAAGCAUUUUACACUUCUCGCCCAAGUUCUAAAAUCAGGAGUAGUCAUGGGAAUGCUGGAAUGAGUUUCGAGCACAGAACUCCUUCAGCACAGCACCGCUUUGAAAGAAGGCCUAGGAACUUGCAAGAGAGAUUUUCACGAAGGGACACCAGGUGGUGCCCUUACAACGAGAGGUGGCCACCUCGCUACUAGUGUUCCUUCUGAGGGACCACCAUUCUUUUCUUUGAAGGCUGCUACAAGGAAGCAUGACAGGACGGCUCAAAGGGGAUGGAAACAGCGAGGCGGAAGAAAAUGAAGGAAAACAACUGGGAGCUGAUUUUGGAAAAAGUUUGCUGUCCUCGUGCGAUAAAAAAAGAAAAAAAGAAAGGGGAACCUCCGGGGGGAGCAUUUAUGCAGACAUAUAGCCCAUUCGCUUACAUUCAUUACUUUACUAAGAUACAGUGAACCCUCGUUAAUAUGACCCCCGAUAAUCUGACAUACGCGCUUUACGACCAUACUCCUGGGGAACAAUGUAGUGAAACCUCUGCAAAUCGCCCCCGUUAAUAUGACAAUUCCGCAUUAUGACCAAAAUUUUCGGGAACGACCAUGGUCAUAAUAACGAGGGUUCACUGUAUAUCUAGUAAUCGUCUUUUUGCCUUUUUGAGCUUUGUUUAGUGAGGUUGUAUUACACAUUUUUGAGAAGUGAUGCAUCUGGUGAGGGGGGGGGGGGAAGGAAGAAGAAAAAGAAAUAUGAUCAUGGGAAAUAAAUUAUCAAGUUCAUUAAGGUAUGAAAUAUCGGAAUAUUAUACAUGUACAAUGCUAUAAUGUGGGCCCUUCUGGGGAGGAAUUAGUGGCCGUUAAUUGUCACAGACCCGUAUUACCAUGACAGUAACGUAAAGUAAUGGUAGUCUGACAGCGUAUGCUACUGCUCUGACUAAUGUCAGCCAUACGCAUAGUGCACAACAAUCCACAACAUCUCCUUUUCUGCUUCGUUGAUUUAAGCAGAACAGAGGCUCCCGUCUGUUUUUCGGAACAGUUCCUCUGUUUUAUGUAAUCGGUUUUUUCAUGCUAACGGUGCGAAACUAUUUAAAAAAUAUCAAUACUGUGCAACCAUAAAUAAAGGUAUUUUGCAGCAA